ACAUAACGUCACGCUUCUGAAGUCAAGUGAAUCAUUAAAGAAAAAUCGGUGAUUUUAGACGAUAAUAAUGGAUGUUAUAAAUAAAUUAUAUUCUAGUGUGUCUAAUUCAGUAUCACAGUUAUCAAAUGUGUUGCCUGGAAAUCCUUUAGCUAGGGAAUAUGAAAUAGAUAAACAAGUUUGUUCCGCUGGAAUUGGUUUAUUAUGGCGAGUUUUUAAAGGGACCAAGAAAUCUACAAAGCAAGAAGCAGCAAUAUUCGAAUUCCAAAAGAAACAAUUGGACCGUUUCAGUAAGGACGACAAGGAGCAGCUGUUGGAAAUUUUAAGACGUGGAGUUGUUCAGUUAACAAAGAUCAGGCAUCCUCAUGUUUUAACUGUUCAACAUCCACUUGAGGAGAGUCGCGAUUCAAUAGCAUUUGCCACAGAACCAGUCUUUGCGAGUCUUGCAAAUAUCUUAGGAAAUCAUCACAACAUGCCACAUCCCAACAGUCUCAACUCAUACAAACUUCAUGAUGUCGACACCAAAUAUGGUUUGAUACAAAUUUGUGAAGGUAUUCAAUUCCUUCACUCUGAUGUUAAACUUCUUCACCGAAACAUCUGUCCAGAAUCAAUAAUAGUCAAUCAACAAGGAGCAUGGAAAAUAUUUGGAUUUGAUUAUUGUAUUUUAAAUCAAAAUCCUCACGAUGCGAAACCUUCUUGGCCGUUCAACGAGUAUAAUUCCUCAUGGCAUGCUCUCUCCCAACCGAGCUUAGAGUAUAUGGCUCCUGAAUGUGCUCUCAUAUCGAAUCAUUCUGCAGAAAGUGACAUUUAUUCAUUGGGAGUUUUAAUUUAUUCAAUUUAUUCAAAUGGCGGAAAGCCAAUAAAAAUGUUUGGUAAAGAUUAUCAAAGUUUUCGACGGCAUGCGACAGAAUUGAAACAGGGAAAAUAUCCAAACUUAUCAUCAAUUCCUGAUGGACUUCAGAAUGAAGUUAAAAUGAUGUUGAAUGCAACACCCGAGUUAAGAAUUAAUUUGCAUGAAUUCACAAAGAUUCCUUUCUUUGAUGACAUUGGUGUCAAGACAUUGCAUUAUCUCGAUCAACUGUUUCAAUGGGAUAAUCUUCAGAAAUCCAAAUUUUACAAAGGACUGCCACAAGUCAUUCAAAAACUUCCACAUCGAAUAAAUGUUUUCAGAAUUUUACCGUGUUUAGUUAAAGAAUUUGUUAAUCCACCAAUGAUUCCCUUCGUCCUGCCAAACAUUUUCCUAAUUUCUGAAAAUUCCAACAGUCAAGAGUUUGUCAAACAUAUUUUAUGUCAUUUGAAGCCGGUCAUGAAAAUCACUGAACCAAUUCAAGUUCUGCAUUUAUUUAUGACUAAGAUGGAUUUACUGCUUAAAUUAACACCAGCUGAAGAUGUGAAAACUGAUGUUUUACCGAUGCUUUAUCGAGCACUUGAAUCAGAUGCACAGCAAAUUCAAGAACUUUGUCUGAGUAUUCUUCCAACGUUUGCAUCUCUUGUUGAUUAUCCUUCUAUGAAGAAUGCACUUCUGCCAAGAAUUAAGAAACUUUGUGUCACAACACAACUUGUCAGUGUACGUGUUAAUUGUUUACUUUGCAUUGGAAAAUUACUUGAACAUCUUGAUAAGUGGCUAGUCAUGGAUGAAAUAAUUCCUUUCUUGCCACAAAUUCCGUCACGUGAACCAGCUGUCUUAAUGGCGAUUUUAGGAAUCUACAAGCUCGCAUUAACACACAGCAAACUUGGUUUGACAAAAGAAUCAUUAGCGACAAAAGUUAUUCCAUUCCUUGUGCCACUGUCAAUUGAGAACGGUUUAUCGCUUGUUCAAUUCAAUGCGAUGAUGGUUCUUGUCAAAGACAUGAUAAAUCGAGUUGAAAGUGAACAUCGAACAAAACUUGAACAACUUUCAAGUAUUCAAAAGGAAUCAAAUGCUUUGAAGUUUCAGGCACAAAAUCAAUUGGUUCCAAAUGCAAAGUCACCUUCAAAAAAUGAGUCUGAUGAUGUUUUCUCAAAUUUAGGACUUGAGCAAUUUUUAAAUGAUUUAGAGGAAGGUGCUAAUGAAUCCACAGCAAGUGGAAUGUCAAUGACAUCAAGUGCUAGUGGUAUGAGUCUACAAGAGAAGCAAAGAUUAACGCAACAACAAGAACAGAAUCAGAGAUUGCAGUCACAACAAGCAAUUACACCAAAACAAGCACCUUUGAAAAUCGCAAACAAAGCUAAAGAUUUAACAUCGUCACUUUUAGACAACAAUCUUAAUCAACUAAAAUUGACACACAGCACAUCAGCAAACAAUAAUUCUUGGUUUAAUACGACAGGAAAUUCAUGGAAUGCAUCAACAACCCAAAAUAACAAUUUUGGAAGUUUUCAAUCACCUUCAGCAUCACCAGCUUCAAAUCCUAAAGAAUCAAAGAAGAAUGAUGAUUGGGGUGCAUUCGAUGAUUUACUUCCAAAUGCAAAGAAGGAAAAACUUCCUUUGAAUCAAAUGAAAUCAAGUGCAAGUCAACCAACGGGAUUUGUUCAAUCAUCAAAAUCAAAUAACAGCUUUGGUGGAAUGAGUAAUCGAAAAAAUAACAACGAACUAUCAGCUGAUGAUAUAAUGGAAUUUUUAAAAUAAACGAGGUCCUGAAAUUAUUUUAUAUAGAUAAAAUAUGUAUAAUCCUUAUCAUUCCAAUAUCUACCAUUAAUUAAAUUUUAUUUGAAAUAACUUCGCAAUUAAUGUGUAAUAAUAACAAUGCUUAUUUUACUUAAUAUUUUCAUUUUAUUCUUUACAAAUAAAUCGGUUUUUAAUAAU